CGGCAAUACACAAGACAGAGUCCUGAAAGAAAAUCUUUUUCUAAAGCGCCGCCAGCUUUCGCUUGCGCGAGUCACCGCCCUUAGCCAAGAUGGCUGAACCAGAGCCCGCGUCUGCUCUAGCUGCCGGAAGUUCGCUCACUUCUAUGGUCUUUUGGACGAGUUCCGGUGGCUUCGCUGGAAGAGAUUGGCUGUUGGCGGCGUUGCCCCUGACCUCGUGUGUGACUUGUGGAGUCGGCGUUUGCAGCUGCGGAGGGUUUGGCGAGAUGUCUCACACUAUUUUGCUGGUGCAGCCUACUAAGAGGCCAGAAGGCAGAACUUACGCUGACUAUGAAUCUGUUAAUGAAUGCAUGGAAGGUGUUUGUAAGAUGUAUGAAGAACAUCUGAAGAGAAUGAACCCCAACAGUCCCUCUAUCACAUAUGAUAUCAGUCAGUUGUUUGAUUUUAUUGACGAUCUGGCAGACCUCAGUUGCCUUGUUUACCGAGCUGAUACCCAGACAUACCAGCCUUAUAACAAAGACUGGAUCAAAGAGAAGAUCUACGUGCUCCUUCGUCGGCAGGCACAACAGGCUGGCAAAUAAUGGAGUUGGAAACAGCAGGGGCUGGGGGCGGGGCUUGGAGCACAGGUGUGUGCAGUGCACUGCAGUGAAGCGCUGUCCUGUGAGCCUCUUUCCACUUGUUUCACUCUAGCCAGGAUUGAAUGCGUUAGAUGAAAUGUGAGGUGUGAGGAUCUUUUCAAUCCAAAACCCCCAUUGAACCCUUUUUCUUUUUUUCUUUUUUUUUUUUUUUUUUACUUAAACAUUUUUAUGAUUCAGAAGGCAGUUGUUCCUUGUCGAUAUUGGUUCCAGUCCUUCAGAUUGUUCCUAUCUGCUUUAUAACAUUCACAGUACUAAUCUUUUAAGAUGGGGUAGGGGAUGAUGACAAAGUUUAGUUAUGUCCUCAAGAAAAAGUCUUAGUGAAAAUAAAUGUUCUUUAGUUA